CAUGGCGAAUGUAGCUGCUGUUUUUACCAGGGCCUUGGACAUAUGAUACCAAAACAAAGCACGAAGAUGGAGACUGUUUAAUGCCUGGUGGAGUAAGAGCAGUCUGGAAAAAAGAGGGUACUCAGUGGGCUGUGCUGCUCCUUCCUGGUAAUAAAGACACCUAGAAAAGCUGAUCAUCGUUCUGGGACGUAGAGAGCCAUGGAAGACACCCUAAGUCCCAGGAGAGUGGUUAAGCCCUCCAGUAGUGAGGGCAGAGAGGGGAAGACCCAGUCCUCAAAGCUCCAAAGAGACGCUCCCCCUCAGAGGGACUGCGCCAGGGCCCCGAGCAGGAGCGUCGGCCAGAACAAAGCCCCGGCGCACGAGGAGCCCCGGGACACGGGGAGGCCGGGCGGCCACGGAGCGGGCAGGAGCCCCGGGGGAGGCGCCCAGGAGCAGGGGAGAGGGAAGACCCGCAGACUGUCCGGCAGGACCAGCCCAGGGGAUAGGGGGAAAGCCAAGGCUGGGAAGCAGCAACAGCAGCAGCAGCAGCAGCAGCCAGACACCCCGCUGCCCUCUGAGGGGCGAGACCCAGGGGUCAGCACGGCUCCUGCCGCGAAGACUGGAACGGACAGGGAACUGGCAGUCGCCGCGGCAGCCAAGACCCGAGUGGAACGCGGUCCGCACAGCGCAGUGGAGAACAGGAUUGCCAAGCCUGCUGCAGACCGGAACGACUCACCUGGAGAGGAUGCAGCAGGGCCUGUGCUCGAGUCGAUGGUGGGGGCGGGGAUGGAUCAGGGGAUCGACGAGGCAGCGCUGACCUCAGAACAGCAGCUGGGCCUGAAGCAGGCGGAGCAGCGGCUCAUCAGAGACUACAUCCACCGGCUCGUCAAGCGCUCUCCGGAGUACCCCAACUUCCAGUACCUAUGCACUCUCUGCUCUGUGCACAUCGAGAACAUCCAGGGGGCUCACAAACACAUCAAAGAGAAGCGCCACAAGAAGAACAUCACGGAGAAGCAGGAGGAGAACGAGCUGAGAGCCCUGGCCCCGCCCUCUCCGGCCCAGCUGCAGGCCGUGGACGCCUCGGUGACGAGGACCGCCCAUUCGCAGGGCAUCUCGGAGGAGGACUUCCUGGUGCGGCAGGGCAUCGUCAGCAGGAUGGAGGAGAUCAUCCAGCAGCAGCUCUCGGCCUGCUCCCUGCGGCUCUACGGUUCCUGCCUCACCAGAUUUGCCUUCAAAACCAGCGAUGUGAACAUCGACGUCUCUUACCCCUCCGACAUGACCCAACCAGAUGUUUUGAUACAAGUUUUGGAAAUUUUGAAAAACAGCUCUCAAUACACAGAAGUUGAGUCUGAUUUUCAUGCCAAAGUUCCUGUUGUGUUCUGUAGGGAUGUCAACAGCGGUCUGCUGUGUAAAGUGAGUGCGGGUAACGAUGUUGCCUGUCUCACCACCGACCUGCUGGCAGCCUUGGCCAGGCUGGAGCCCAGGCUUGUUCCCCUGGUCCUGGCCUUCCGCUACUGGGCAAAGCUCUGUCACAUUGACUGUCAGGCGGAGGGUGGGAUUCCCUCCUACUCCUUUGCCCUAAUGGUCGUCUUCUUCCUGCAACAGAGGAAGGAGCCCAUUCUCCCCGUUUACCUGGGCCCAUGGAUUGAAGGUUUUGACGUGAAGCAGGUGGACGAGUAUCACCUGACGGGGGUGAAGAUGGACAGGUUUGUGGGCUGGGAGCACCGGCCCCCUCCUAACAACGAGGGCAGGGGAGAAGGGAAAGCCAAGGUGGAGCAGAAGAAGCCCGCCACCAAGAAGAGUGAAGCCGUGGAUGGGAACGGCAAGCCGCUGAAGGCUUCAGAAGGCCUGACGAGCCUGACGCACGACGCAGCGCAGGGCGUGUCCCUGGGGCAGCUGUGGGUGGAGCUGCUGCGCUUCUACACGCUGGAGUUCACCCUGGAGGAGCACAUCAUCAGUAUCCGCCUGCGGGAGCUUCUGUCCCGGGAGGCUAAGAGCUGGCCCCGCCGCAGGCUGGCCAUCGAGGAUCCAUUUGCGCUGAAGAGGAACGUGGCACGCAGUCUCAACAGCCAGAUGGUGUUCGAGUACAUCCAGGAGCGCUUCCGCACCGCCUACAAGUACUUCGCCUGUCCGCAGACCAAAGACGGGCUCGCCAGGGGGCGCCAGAGAGGCAAGAAGGGGAAGUUGAAAGCUAAGGCGGCCAGAGGUGGGAAGGAGGACUCGUUGGCGAAGGAGCAGGAGGGGGGCAGAGGCGCCGAGCAGGGGCUCCAGGACGUGGAGGAAGAGAGCGAGGAGGAUGACGACGGGGGCGGAGGCGCGAAGGAAGAGGGCUUAGACGCCAAUGGGGCCCUGUCCGCCAACCUGAUGGACCUGCUGCUAGGCGAGCGGGACGAGAGCGGGGGCGGCCCGCGGGAACACGCCUCCCCCUCCCCGUCCCGUUCCCCGCGGGGCGAGGCGGUGGAGAACGGGCUGCAGGAGAGCGACGAGGAGGACGAAGAUGAGGAGGAAGAGGAGCGGGAGAUGGAAGAGGUGGCGCCAGAGACCCUGCACUAUAUAUUUGACAGGAUGAUCUUCACUGGGGGAAAGCCUCCCACGGUCGUGUGCAGCAUCUGCAAAAGGGACGGUCAUCUGAAGGACGAGUGUCCCGAAGACUUCAAGAAGAUGGAGCUGAAGCCGCUGCCGCCCAUGACGGAUCACUUCCGCGAGAUCCUGGACGGCCUGUGCAGGCUGUGCUACAAUGAGCUCUCCCCCUUACCAGUGGAACAGCAGAAGAGGGAACAGAUUCUGGCUAGUUUGGAAAGGUUUAUAAGAAAGGAGUACAACGAGAAAGCAAGGCUGUGUCUGUUUGGCUCCUCGAAGAAUGGCUUUGGUUUCCGUGACAGUGACCUCGACAUCUGCAUGACCCUGGAAGGACACGACACAGCAGAGAAACUCAACUGCAAAGAAAUCAUAGAAGGACUGGCCAAGGUACUAAAGAAACACACAGGUUUAAGGAAUAUCCUGCCCAUCACAACAGCUAAAGUGCCUAUAGUCAAAUUUGAACACAAGCAGAGUGGGCUGGAAGGAGAUAUAAGCUUGUACAACACUCUGGCACAGCACAACACCAGAAUGCUGGCUACAUAUGCUGCUAUUGACCCCCGUGUGCAAUAUCUGGGUUAUACAAUGAAAGUGUUUGCUAAGCGCUGCGAUAUCGGGGACGCGUCGCGGGGCAGCCUGUCCUCCUACGCCUACAUCCUGAUGGUGCUGUACUUCCUGCAGCAGCGGAACCCGCCAGUCAUCCCAGUUCUGCAGGAGAUAUUUGACGGGAAGACUGUCCCUCAGAAGAUGGUCGAUGGCUGGAACGCCUUCUUCUUUGAUGAUAUCGAGGAACUGAAGAGGCGCCUGCCGGAGCUGGGGAGGAACUGCGAGUCGGUGGGCGAGCUCUGGCUGGGCCUCCUCCGCUUCUACACCGAGGAGUUCGACUUCAAGGAGCACGUCAUCAGCAUCCGCCAGAAGAAGCGCCUCACCACCUUCGAGAAGCAGUGGACCUCCAAGUGCAUCGCCAUCGAAGAUCCCUUUGACUUGAACCACAACCUCGGCGCUGGAGUUUCACGCAAAAUGACGAAUUUCAUCAUGAAGGCCUUCAUCAACGGGAGGAAGCUGUUCGGCACCCCCUUCUACCCUCAGCCCGGACUGGAAGCGGACUACUUCUUUGACUCAAAGGUGCUUACGGACGGUGAGCUGGCACCCAACGACCGCUGCUGCCGGAUCUGCGGAAAGAUCGGCCACUACAUGAAGGACUGCCCCAAGAGACGCAGGAUGAAGAAGAAGGAGAAUGAGAAGGAGGAGGAGCUGAAGGAGGAGGAGCGCGAGCCGCGGGAGAGGCGGUGCUUCCAGUGCGGAGACACCGGCCACGUUCGCCGUGACUGCCCUGAGUACCGGCAGCUCAGGCAGAGGUGCACUGCAGGCCCAGUCCCUCAGAUGGUGCGCACCAUCGUCAGCUCUCAGUCCAUCCCGGUACCCCAGUCUGCGGUAGGAGCCCAGGAUCGCCCCGGAAGGACCAGACAGCCCUCUGAAUGCUCAGAGACGCGACAGACUCCGCCCUACUCGCCGCAGUCCACGCCCUUCAGCCAGGGCUCCGCCCACUCGUCCGGCUCCUCCCCCUCCUCCACCUCCCAGGCGAAAGCAGCGGGACCCCACAAGCAGGCCCCGCCGCCGCCGCACCCCCAGGUCCAGCUCCCGCUUUUCAGCUUCCCCCACUCGCACACGGGCCAGUACCACCCGGGCCUGCCGGCACUGGGCGUGCUGCCGGCCCACCAGCCGCAGCGCCACUCCGUCCCCCUCCCCUCCGCCUCCUGGCCCAUCCACGGCCCCGUCAUCCAGACCACCUCCUCAGGGCCCCACCCGUCCCCGCCGGGCCUCAGCUUCCCCCUCCGCCCCGCCCCCUCCAACGGGAACGCGGGUGCCUCCGCCUCACCCGGCGGCCCCGGGCCCAUGAACCUGAACGACCCCAGUAUCAUCUUCGCCCAGCCGGCGGGGCGGGACGGGCACGGUCACGGUCACGGUCACGGGCACGGUCACGGGCACGGGCAAGGACACUGGCACAACCACAUGAACCCCGGAGCGCUGGUGGGGAACGGCACUCUGGGGAAGUCAGACCAGGGGUACCAAGGCCAGUAUGGGAAAGUGACCCAGGGUUCGCUGUCCUGGGAGCACGGCAGUGCCGCCCAGUACUCCCUCUCCCCCUCCUGGUCCUACCGCAUGCCCCAGAGCUUUCUGCCGCAGGGAAACGGCGGCUUUCAGCAGGGCAAGCCUUUCAUCUCACAAGGGUCUGUGGUGCACAAUAACGCCCAUUUCCCUCUCCUCCCCCACGGUCGACACGUCAGUCUCAACUACAUCCAACAGAAGAAGUGAGACGGCCUCUUAUUUUACUCACAUGGGUUCGAAGUCUCAUCCAGACAGGAUAAAGGAGAUAUAUUUUAACUUCACAUUAUUUGGCCAUAAGACAACUUUUUAAAAUAAAUGUAUAAUUUUUGUACAGUUUUUACCUUUUUGUGUCAUCACAUUGAUUUGUGAUACAAAUGUCAAAUAUUUUAA